AUGAAGGUCUCAAAGGCGGCCGCGGCGGCUCGGGGCGACGACUCGCAGACGGUGCGGCCGGCGGCCUCCUCCAGCAGCCACACAUCCAUUCCUCCACCUCCCCCGCCGCCACCGCCGGCCGUGGAGGAAGAUGUGGCCACGCCGACGGCCACCGCCUCCAACAUGUUCGACGAAAUAUCGCAAAGUGUUGAUGAUGAAGCUUUCAUGCACGCAACAAAUAUGGAAAAUAAAGAUUACAUAUAUGAGUCACAAGAAUAUGAAACCCAAUAUGAUGAUGACAAUCUUGAUGUGGAUGAUGAGGGCUUCAUUGUCAAGGGAAGAAGUGGAAAUUAUAGCACCGCGGAGGAUGUGUUGAUAUGCACCGCUUGGAAGAAAAUCUCUCAAGAUGCAAGCGUUGGAAGCGACCAAACGAUGAGCACCUAUUGGAAACGCAUCAAGGAGUAUUUCGAUGAGCGCAACACAAGUGGUAUCUUCCGUUCGAGCGACUCUCUACGCCAACGUUGGUCCACCAUCAACGCCGAAUGCUCAAAGUGGGCCGGUUGCUUGUCAAAUGUUGCUCGCAUGAACCCAAGUGGUUGCGGUGAUAGUGAGUUGAAAAUGAUUGCACAAGGAUUGUUUCGGGAGAGGAACAUGAAAGGCGAGAAGAAGAAAAGGAAAGGAAAAGCUUUCACUUUUCAUCAUUGCUACAAAGAGCUCAAGGAUGUGGAGAAGUGGAAAACUAGAGAGACUUUUGAAUCGUCGAAGAAGAAGAGUGUGUUGGUUGAGGAUGAAGAAGAUGUCGCCAUUGAGGAGACGAGCCCCACUCCUCACUCCGCGACAAAAUCUUAUAGGCCCGAUGGAAACAAGAAAGCGAAGGGAACCAAGGCCGGAGACAAUGAUCUCAAGGAAGGAUUUGAUGCCAUUGUCAUGGCAAGGAAAGAGUAUGCCGAAGAGAAAAGAAUGUUGAAGCUCAAGGAAAUAGAGGAGAGGAGUGAGGCCGAGCGGCAAAGGGCGGCGGCCGAGGAGAAGAGGGCGGCAGCCGAGGAGAGGUUGGCCGCGACCGAGGAGAGGAAGGUGGACCUAGAGGAGAAGAAGGUCGCGGCCGACGAGAUGAAGAUGGUAGAAAAGAGGACACUCAAGUUUAUGUUUAUGGACACAUCAACUCUUGAUGCCAAGGCAAAGACAUAUGUUGAACUUUGUCGCGAUGAAAUGCUCAUGAAGAAGCAAAUGCUCAUGAGGCAAAUGAUGAUGGGAGGAGGCAUGGGAGGAGGCAUAGGAGAUGCCAUGGGUGGUGCCAUGGGUGGUGCCAUUGGAGGUGCCAUGGGUGGUUACAUGAACAUGAUUGGAGGUUCCAUGAGUGGUGCAUUUGGCGGAAACAUGGGAGGUGGCUUCGGUGGCAACAUGGAAGGUGGCUUUGGCGGCAUGGGAGGUGCUUUUGGCGGCAACAUGAUGGGUGGCUUGGGAGGUGGCUACGGCGGCAACAUGAGUGGUGUUGGAGGUGGAUAUGACGGCAACAUGGGACGCAAUGAAGAUGGUUCCGGUGGUGCUCACGGCAACGAGAGUUCACCGCUUGUUGAGAACGUCGACAAAGACGGUGGAGAUGAUGAUGAUCGUACCACGGUUCACAACACCGGUGGUGUUGAUGACCCGAAUGAGUAA